AUGAGAAAAGGAAAGCCGUUUAUGUGUUUGAAAAAGAAAACGGAUCGGCAAAUUUACCGUUACCAUUGCUCACAGUGCUCGUUGGCAUUUCGUACCGAACAACGUCUUGCCAGUCACGCUUUGCACCACACAUUCCGGUCUAGUAGCCGUUGUACCAAAUGUGAUCAAAGCUUCCGCUCUCAUGAACUACUGAAAAGACACAAUGCUCAGGAACACACCAAUGGUAAAACUUAUAACUCACCGACCACAAGCUUGUGUCAUUCCCAGUUAGUGGAAGCAGCAAUCGAUGAUAAAACGGAGACUGAUCAAGUUAAUCCACUAAGACCUUUCAAGUGUGAACUAUGCAAGGAGAAUUUUGAACAAAAGCAUCAACUGUUGAUGCAUUAUAACUCAGUAACACAUCUUCAUAAAGCUAAAAAAAUGCUCGAGGAACAGUCGAAUAGCUUUCAACCUAGUGCACAGAUUUUGGCAGCACUACAAGCGUCAACAAGUUCUCAAUCGUCACAUGGAAGCUCAAAACCAUUCAAAUGUAAUCUAUGCAAAUUGGGUUAUGGACUUGGUUCUACUUUAGAUAUACAUAUAAGAUCUGUUGCACAUCAGUCGCGCUUAACGAAAAUAGCUGAGCUCCUAGCACAAGGUGAAAUUGAUGGCUGCAAAUCGAUCAUAGAACAACCAGGCGGGCCAACACAAACAGCAUUAGCUGAAUUAGCUACCAAACAUGAUUCUACCACUGAUCCAGUGCAGAAUGGAUUGGAGCAACAGCAACAACAGCAGCAGCAGUCAACCUUGGCGAUGAUCAACAUGCUGAAUAUGGCGCAACUUCUGUCGAUAGCAUCCGCUGGUCAAACCGCCCUGCCGAAUGAUAUUCCAGCAGCGACGACUUCACAAGCUCAUUCAGCAUUAGCGACCAUAGCCGCUGGAUUUCCGCCUAUUAUCACCCCAUUUGGAACUUUGAAACAAUUACCAGCUUCAAUCGACGGUGCUACUGCCGAUUUUGCCACAAAAACAACUAGUGAACAGUCCGUCAUAUCUAUCGAUGAUGAGCGAACUCCUCGUACCGGCUCUGCUUUUCGCAAGAUGCUUGAAACCUAUGAAGCAUUACUGACUUCAAGCACAGACUUUCCAGGUUUCGAUGUAGUAAUGCAGUAUAAUGAAGAUCUAGAGCAGCCGCGGCGCAAAUUGGACACAUUGCCGGAUGAAACAAUUCCGGAUUUAAAUCGCGCUGAAUGCACAAAGUGCAACAAAAUGUUUAGCAGUAUCUGGGUACUUAAGGCUCAUUAUGAAGAGAUGCAUGAAAAUACCGUACCGGUGACAGAGAUUGAGAAAUUUGCCAAACGAUUGCAUGAAGCAUUGGAUGAGAGCGAAGAAAAGGAGAACGACGAGAGUGAUUUGAGCGUUGAGCAGCAGAAUACCGUGGUACCUAUCACGACACCAGUAGUUGCAGUAUCUGGGACUAAAAAAAGAACUCUAGGAAGGGAUGAACUACCACUGAGCAGUAGUCAUGACGCUGAAUUAAACACCGACCACGGAUAUUUAUUCAGUCAAGCUACAACGGCUUCAGCGACAGCUGACGAUGAUAAGUACAUACUCGAAACGAAGAAGUUGAAAGAGGACACGCGAUCUAGUUCAGCCGGUGCUACACCUCGGCCGUCGACAUCCAAGGAUUCAUCAGAUUUGAACAGUCAGUUGGCGAUGAUGAGUAUGCUCGGAUUUCCAUUUAUACCAAAUCCUUUCAUGCCGCUGAUGCCGCCUGAUUUUUUUACAAAUCCACUUUUUUCCGUAUCACCGAGUGCCGCUACAACUGCAUCGCAUGCGUUCCCUAAUGCAUCACCAGCUAAAAGAGCUCGGACGCGGAUUACCGAUGACCAACUGAAAAUUUUGCGGCAGUAUUUUGACAUCAAUAAUUCACCUAGUGAACAACAAAUCAAGGAAAUGUCUCUAAAGGCGCAACUUCCAGAAAAAGUUAUAAAACACUGGUUUCGCAAUACAUUAUUCAAGGAACGACAGCGUGACAAAGAUUCUCCGUAUAAUUUCAACAUUCCGCCACAAAUGAGCAUUGAUUUGGACACUUACGAAAAAACCGGCGAAACAAAAAUAACUACUCUUAAAAUUGAGACAGAAGAAGAAUCGAAACCGCAAUUGUUGCAAACAUCCGAGAAUCCGGUAAAUAUAAGUGGUGUAGGAGGUGUGGGAAAUGCAAUAUCUUCUACAAAUGUUCAAACCGCUCAAAUUCAUUCAUCGUCAGCAGCAUGCAAUAAUCCCUUCGCCACUUUCUUGCAUGAUGACAAAAACAUUUCUUCUAUAUUAUCAAAUUUACCAUCUGCAAAUUCGGUAACUGGGCGUCGUGCCAAUCGAACUCGUUUUACGGAUUACCAGUUGCGGACAUUACAGCAGUUUUUUGAUAAGCAAGCUUAUCCGAAAGAUGAUGACUUGGAAGUUUUGUCGAAAAAACUUCAGCUUAGUCCACGAGUUAUUGUUGUUUGGUUCCAGAAUGCUCGACAGAAGGCCCGGAAAAUAUACGAAAAUCAACCAACAUCAAGCAAUGACGAUCGUUUUAUGAAAACACCAGGAAGUAAUUUUCAGUGUAAACGAUGUCAGUUAGUAUUUCAGCGAUAUUAUGAACUGAUACAACAUCAGCAGAAAUUGUGCUACAAGGAUGAUUGCGUGGCGCAACAAAAAGACAAUAAAGCCGUUGAAGAGAAUUUAAGUGAAGAUGAGAAGACCAACCUGGAAAAUCUACGUGAAGCGCGGUUGAGUACCACAUCAGUUGCAACAACUAGUCAUGCAACUACUUUAGGUGGAGCAUUAGCUCAGCUUAUCGGUACUACAUCAUCGGCAACUGCUAUUGAUACCAGUCAAACAGAAUUUUUGAAAAUUCAAGCACCAACCAAGUCGCAGGAUCCAUCCACGAAACUAAAGGUAAGGGAUAAGCAAAAAGCGAUAUUCCAUAAGCGCUGUCCUUUCUGUUGCCUAUUAUUCCACUCGCGAGAUUCACUUAUUGUCCAUAUUACGAAUCGUCAUCCAGAGCAAGCUAACAGUACAUCAACUGAUGUCGACUUAUUACCGGAUGCUGAAGAUGUACCAACAAUCACAGCGUUGGCAAAUGAUGACUUACUGGGAGACGUGUCAAGAACAAAUGGUUCUUCGAAAAAGUCGGAACUUUCACCACUCGACCUCAGUUGUACCACAAAUGGCGAUGGACGGGAAGAUUCAGUAUCGAUAUCUCCUUCAUUCGUGCAUUCGGAUAACGAUGAUAAUAACAGUGAUAAUAUGGAUAUCAGCGAACGCUAUAACAGUGCAUCACCAAGUGCGACUGGAGUUGGCUGUUUUGGGGCUCAAAGAAGUCCUGCUAGCUCCAAGCGAUACCGAACUCAUUUGACACCACUGCAAGUUCAUGUGAUGAAAAGCAUAUUCAUGAGCUAUAAAACUCCCUCAAUGAAUGAAUGUGAUUUAUUGGGAGCCGAAAUUGGUCUUCAUAAGCGAGUUGUACAAGUAUGGUUUCAAAAUGCUCGAGCAAAAGAGCGAAAAUCGCGAUCACAGAGUGGUGAUGAAGAAUUACUUCGCUGCGCAUCGACGCGCUGUGCAAUGUGUGGUGUUAGCUACGAUCAUCGUAUUUCCUUGCAUGAUCACAUAUUUAGCACUGACCACAUUAAUCGUGUCAAGAAACUUCUCCAGACAGAUAAUGUCCAAGCAGAGGGAACAAUCGAUUUGAACGCUUCACUAGAAACGAUUGAUAAAGAAGACAUCCAGCGAACAAGAAUGAAAGCUAUACGAGAUCGACGAACAAUGAAACAACCUGGUGUAUCAACUUCAAGCCCUGGCAGUAAUGCAAUGCCGCCUUUCCCUUACAAUUUCUUAUAUAGUAUUCGAUCGGGCUUGGCGCCAAUAAUGUAUGAUCCAAAUCUAAUGGGUACACCGAUACCGAUGCUCCAAAUUCCUGAAAGUGUUAUGGCGCAGAUUACGACAGAUAUGAGUUCCGGUCGUGAAUCAUCGAAAUUUACACAAGAUGGCAAAACUUUUCAACAACUGGUUGCUAUACUUCCAUUACGUGAUUUUCAAUGUGCUGGCAGUACUGAUAGUGAGGUUGGCUGGGCAUGUCCUCAAUGUACUAAUGUGUUUCAACAGGAACAGCUGUUGAAAAAUCAUCAGCGACUGAUAUGUCAGGGUUGUGAUUCAGUGUUUAAAUUGGUGCAAACCCAUUACCAGUGUCGAGCUUGUAAUGCAAAAUUUGGUGCACAGACCGAAUUUCGAGUUCACUGUGAUACACUGGAACAUCAGGCUGCACGUGAAGUAUUUCUCGGUAGAACAGCUUAA